UACACAUUUCAUCUAUACAACGUUUUACAAAAAAGCCAUAAUAUUUACACGUUUUCUCAGCAACCCAUUGUUUGAAUAGUUUCGGAGUAAAUACACUUUCGCCACGUACACAUAUUCCCCUCCUUUUGUUGCAAACAUUACACGUUUACCACAAAAUCUCAAAAUAAGAAAAUUUUGCUAUAAAAAUGCCAUCGCUUACCCUAGGUUCUAGUUUUGAAGAUUCGUUGCAACAAGCAUUAAAGAAACAAAAAACAAGCCAGUUUUCCCUGAUUCCUACAUCUACACAGGAUUACACUGCACAUAAACAUCAUCACAAACAUCAUCAUCAUCAUCACGGCCACCAUAAUCAUCAUAAUCACUAUAUAGACGAUAAUAUGACUCAAGAAAAGCAAGCCCAAUAUCAUCAUCAUCAUCACCAUCACCAGCUUCAUAAAACUACUGAUGCUGUUGUUGAUGCUACUCAUGGGACCAUCACCCCAAUCAGCCAUGCCCAAUCUCUUGAUUCGGUUAUGAGUGAUAUAGCUAUGAGUGAUGAAGAGUUGACAAGACAAGUAAGUCCAGGUGACCUCGAGUUAAUUACCGAAAAACAUUUUAUUCUUAAGCCAGAUAUUUAUGAAUGUCCAUGUGGACAUUUCCAUGGUCCAGGACAAGAUGCCCAUCAUGAUCAUGACAUUCACUCUGUUGGUUUAUCUGACCAUCCCUUAUUGCAAGGCCCAGAAUAAACAAACAAACAAGGUGUCAAAAAAAAAAAAACAAAGAAAAAAUAAAAAAGGAAUUCUGCGGGGAAACACCCCCCAAGAGGGAUUGUACUUGAGUUGGAUAUAUAUAUAUAGAGAUGUAAUACACAUAAUAAGUUUAUUGUAGUUAGCUGACAUCAAUAAACAUCAUUAAUAUAGUUG